CUUUUUGAGAAGGGAGAGUGCAACAACCUCGAAGCUAGUUCAAACUAGUGAGAGGUUGUCCUCAGAGGCAGCAAAAUAAGAAGAAAGCCACUCAAAAUUGAAUAGAAGCUAUAGAAAAAAAUUAAGCUGAGAUUGAUGGCUCGUGGAAAGAUUCAAAUGAAGAGAAUCGAAAAUCCGGUGCAUCGGCAGGUGACCUUUUGCAAGCGCCGUACAGGGCUUCUUAAGAAGGCUAAGGAGCUAUCUGUUCUAUGUGAUGCUGAAAUUGGAGUUUUUAUUUUCUCCUCCCAUGGAAAGUUCUAUGAGUUAGCCACCAAAGGAACCAUGCAAGGCUUGAUUGAGAGAUACAUGAAGUGUAACCCGCUUGGAGCUCAAACUGAACAGCCCAGAGAUAAGCAAGCUCUGGAUCUAAAGGGGGAGAUUAGCUUGCUGAAGCAUAAGAUUGAUGGACUUCAGAAAGGGCUGAGAUUCAUAUCUGGAGGAGGAACUGGUGCUAUGACGUUGGAUGAAUUAAAUGAUCUUGAGAAACAUCUUGAAGUAUGUGUUUAUCAGAUCCGCUCGACAAAGAUGGAUAUUAUGUUUCAAGAGAUCGAGUUGCUCAAGAAUAAGGAGAGGAUACUGAAAGCAGCAAAUGAGCAUUUACAGGAAAAGAUAGAUGAGCAGUAUGGGAUUAAUAAUCCCAUGCAACAAGUGCUGACUGAUAGUCAAUAUCCAUUAUGGACUAACAUCCAGUGCCCAUUAACCAUAUCGAAUGAAAUAUAUCAGUUCUAACACAUGCCUUUUUUUUUUCAGUAAUUAAUUAAUAUAUAUGAGUCUAGUAAAAAAUAGAGUUACUAUUUGGUACGUUGUAUUGGAGAUGUGGCCAGUUAAAAUCAUUUUGUUAGAUUAUAAACUAGCGUGUCCUUGAACAGCUCAUGCCGUUGUAAUAACUUGUGAAAUUUUGUAAUGAU